GGAAGCGUUUCCGGGGGGCGGGAGGCUCCGGCGGAAGCUGUCCCCGCGGUGGCGGCGGAGAAUAAGGCCUUGGUGCGGGCUGCUUGGACGCUCCGGUGGGCUGGAGCUGCGAGCGCGGAGCCGUCGGCAGACUGCUCUUUGAUGGCCAUGGCAUAAGGAACAUCACCAGGAAUACAGCUUUGCACUGAGGAGAUGCGAACAAACGUUUAUUCAUCCCAGAUAGGGCACCAAGGACAGAGCAAAGUACGAUACCACCAAAGUACACCUUGGCGAACCACACUAAACAAGAUUGGUGAUGAAAUGGAGCCUGGAACGAACUCUUUUCGAGUAGAGUUUCCAGAUUUUUCCAGCACCAUUCUGCAGAAACUGAACCAGCAGCGCCAACAAGGACAGCUAUGUGACGUCUCCAUUGUUGUCCAAGGCCACAUUUUCCGGGCACACAAAGCUGUGCUUGCUGCCAGUUCACCCUACUUCUGUGACCAAGUCCUCCUGAAAAACAGCAGGAGGAUUGUCCUGCCUGAUGUGAUGAACCCAAGAGUGUUUGAGAACAUUCUCCUCUCCAGCUACACAGGACGCCUUGUGAUGCCUGCUCCAGAGAUCGUCAGUUACUUGACAGCAGCCAGCUUUCUCCAGAUGUGGCAUGUGGUAGACAAGUGCACUGAGGUUCUGGAGGGGAACCCCACCGUCCUGUGUCAGAAGCUAAAUCAUGGCAGUGACCACCAGUCUCCCAGUAGCAGUAACUACAACGGCCUGGUAGAGAGCUUUGAGUUGGGCUCCGGGGGCCAUGCUGAUUUCCCCAAAGCGCAGGAACUGAGGGAUGGUGAGACUGAAGAGGAGAGUACCAAGGAUGAGCUGUCUUCUCAGCUCACUGAGCAAGAGUACUUGCCCAGUAACUCCUCCACAGAGCAUGACCGACUGAGCACCGAGAUGGCCAGCCAGGAUGGGGAGGAAGGGGCCAGCGACAGUGCCGAGUUCCACUACACCCGGCCUCUGUACAGCAAGCCCAGCAUAAUGGCUCACAAACGCUGGAUCCACGUGAAGCCUGAACGCCUGGAACAGGCCUGUGAGGGCAUGGAUGUGCACGCGGCCUAUGACGAACACCAGGUCACUGAGUCCGUCAACACCAUGCAGACGGAGCACUUGGUCCAGCCUUCGGGAGUGGAGGAGGACUUCCAGAUUGUGGAGAAGAAAGUGGAGGCAGAGUUUGAUGAGCAAGCAGAGGAGAGCAACUAUGACGAACAGGUAGACUUUUAUGGCUCCUCCAUGGAAGAGUUUUCCGGAGAAAGGUUGGAUGGGAAUCUAAUUGGGCACAGACAGGAGGCUGCCCUCGCAGCGGGCUACAGUGAGAAUAUUGAAAUGGUGACGGGGAUAAAAGAAGAGGCGUCCCACUUAGGAUUCUCAGCCACUGACAAGCUGUAUCCUUGUCAGUGUGGGAAAAGUUUCACACACAAGAGUCAGCGAGAUCGACACAUGAGCAUGCACCUCGGUCUUCGCCCUUAUGGCUGUGGUGUCUGUGGUAAGAAAUUCAAAAUGAAGCACCAUCUCGUGGGCCACAUGAAAAUUCAUACAGGCAUAAAGCCCUAUGAGUGUAAUAUCUGUGCAAAGAGAUUUAUGUGGAGGGACAGUUUCCACAGGCAUGUGACUUCUUGUACCAAGUCCUAUGAAGCUGCAAAGGCUGAGCAGAAUACAACUGAGGCUAACUAAAAAUAGGGUCUGGCCCUUGAGUGGCAUGCACAAAAAUAAACUAUGGUAAUUAAUGCAAAUCUGGGCACAGAUGAUGCGUGCCACUUGCUAUUAUGAGAGAAGCUUAAAAAGAAAAAAAGGGAAGAUAUUUCUGAAAGACCAGCUCUAAGUAGGCCAAUUAAAAAAUUUAAUUCCUCAAAUUUGUAUGUUCUGGUCCUGGCCUAGAAUGGAUGAUGGGGAUAAGUUCACCCAGUGCCCAGCUGGCAAGACAGCCUUUCCAGCCAGCAUGACUGAAGUGGUGGACUUGGUGGCACACUGACCCACCAGUUCACUCAGGUGGCAUCAGUUUUCCAUCACUCAGUGUGCUGAGGCCAUGUUGCAUUUUAUUUUCUCGUGGUGGCUACAGGGAUUCUGGGGCUUUACUUAGGUAGUGCAUCACUGGAUGCUGCUUCCCUCGAGGCUACAGCAGCCUGACUCCUGGGCCAGAUGUGAACAGAGCUCUUUCAAGCCUAGUUUCUAAAGUUCUAGCUGAAACUGGCAAUGUUAGAUAGACUGAGUCUAGGACAGGUGACAUGGCUCAUGUCAUAGUGCUGUAGACUUGACAAAGCACGGUUUGCGUUUAGUUCUGAUUGGGUUUGAACCAUUGUGUCUCCUUCUACGUCUCUGGGUGCCAGACACAGGUGUUUCUAGUUGCCCCCCUCAUUUAAUGGUGGCAUCUGGGCUAGAUGUCCAGCCAGAAGUUGACUCUUUACAGUACUGGUAGUGUCCUGUCCCCCCAUCACCCCCCAGAUCAUGGUGCUUCCCAACAAGGGUCAACCAGGGACCACAGCUCAUGGGACCUAGCCAGAAUGAGUGGCUAAGAGUUACCUGUGAGCGGGACACCCCCGUACUCAGUGAGUGAGAGUCGGCAGAGGCAGCAACUCAGAAAAGUCUCAAAACUACACAGGUGUGGGGAGUGCUGUUUAGAGGGUGCACUGAGCAACACUGUCAGCUCUUUCUGGGACCCGGAGUGUGAGUUCAGAGUGGGAAAGGAGUCCCCCAUCAAGCAACAUCAUCCACAGAUCAUGUUCCCUAGUUGAAGAGAAAGCUGCACACAUUUACACCCACUAAGGGAGGGAAGGCCACCCUCCCUUCAAGGCCUGUUCUGCCUGG